AUGGACGAAAUCGAGCAAUUCAACUUGAGCGUUCCAGCCGGCUGUGACCCGGAUGACGUCAUCUAUCAGUCUCUGAAGCAGCUUCUCUAUCAUGACAUAAUUGACACACCAAUCAACUUCAAUGGUUGCAUGCCUCAGGUUCUUUUUGCUGGAAAAAAAGUUUGAAAUUCAUUAUUUCUCAGUGUGGCAUGUGCUACCGUGGAUCCAAAGAAUGGGACUACAUCCUGUUUAAUCUCGCAGUCGUUGGAAUAAUUCUUCCAACUGUUGGUGUUUUCGGCACCAUCGGCAACGGGAUAUCUGCCUACAUAUACAGUAGACCAGGUUAGUCAUUUUUCGAUUGAAAAAGGGGUCAGAGAAUACGAAAAAACUUAUCGAAAGGGCUAGUCGAAAGAUUUAUCUGUAAGGACAACGCCUUGAAGUUCAAGAAAAACCAGGAAAGAAAAGUUUGAAAUGAGCCGCAGACCUUCUAGAAGAAGCGCUAGAGUUGAUUGAACUAUUUCUGAAAACAAUCCGAAAAUCUCUCUCUUCCAAGCAAAGCCAAAUGUUUCAGAAAUGAGAAGCUCAACAAAUUUUUACCUGUGUGCGUUAGCGUGUUCGGAUAUGGGUGUCGCUUUGACUGGAAUUUUCCUUUUUUCUUUAGAAACCUACAGAACUUUUUCAUUAACUGUUACUCGAUUAUCCGGGGUGAGUUUCAAAAAAUUUCAAGGUCAUGAAAAAACUUUUUCAGUUUUUCUCAAUCAUCGUUUAUCCAAUAGGCAUGAUUGCCCAGACUUGCUCUGUUUAUUUCACCAUGUGUGCAGGGUUCGAUUGUUUUGUACAGGUAGGUUUUGAUUAUUUUCCAGAACUGAUGAAGUGUAAAAUGAAUUAUAUACCGAUUUCAAAACCAUUUGCCUCAAAAAAUGGUAUUCUUGGUUUAUAUUUUGAUUAAUGAGUCAGCGAUUUAUCAUUUAUAAGUUAAGGAAUAACAAGACUUUUCCAGGUAUGCUUGCCCGAAAAAAUCAGUCGAGUGUUCUCAAGACCGUGUACUGUGCGAUUUUUCGCUUUUUUCGUUGUUCUGUUCGCAAUACUGUACAAUGUGCCUCAUUUCUUCGAAGGAUUUGUGAUCGACUGCUAUCACAAAGAAAUGGGCGGAAUGUCGAAAGAAGUCUGUCCUACAACUCUCCGUUAUAACGAAGUGUGAGCUGAGGCUUGCUUUUUCAAGUUCUCCUGGUUAUUUUAGGUAUCAAACAGUCUACUACAAGUACAUGUACACCGUCUUCCUUGCUGUCGGACCCUUGAUAACGCUCAUCAUUUUGAAUUCAUUCAUUAUCGGUUUUCAAUCUUAGUUGACUUCUAAAAAAAUGCAUCUUUUCCAGGGUUUUCGGUGUUUGGUUCAAGCUCAGGAAAUAUGGACGACACGAUGUCUUUGGUAGUUUUGAUCAAAUUUAUCAAAUAUCGUGGAAAAUUCUCAGGUUCUUGUCGUUCUUCUCUUCAUCUCGUGUAACACAGUCGCCUUGAUCAUCAACAUUUUCGAAAGUCAUUUAUCGGAAAGUUUGGGAAGUAAAAUCAACUACAUAGUGGAUGUCUCCAACUUUCUGGUGGUCUUCAAUUCAAGGUUUGUUUUAUUGGGGUCGAACUGAAAAAUGGGUUUCUGUGUGAAAAUGUUGAAAGACAAGCCGUUAUGAUGGCAAUAAAUCUUUUUCAAUUUGGCCAAUGGGAUUGAGACAAAUGUUCUUUUGGAAAUGAAGCCUUUCCUGAGUUUUCAUUGACGAUUUUUUGAAGUACAGCUGAUCAAGCUUUUUUUUGCCUGCCUGAAACUUUCACUUUCGAUGGAAUCACAGUUAUCAUAAAGCUAAUUUAUAGAGACUUUUGAAAUUCACAGCGAUGAAUUUAAGAAAAAAAAUCUGACUCGUUUCACGUACAAGUUUAAGAAGUUCAUUUUGAAAUAAGAAUUAACAACAUAUAAACCUUCAAUGAGAAAAUUUUCCAAGCAUAAACGAGGCCUUUCAGUUUCAACCUCAUCAUCUACAUGAAGUAUUCGCAGCCCUUUUACGACACUUUCCGUAUCUACUUUGGUCGGAGAAAGCAAAAAGCGGACUCUCCUGGUCCCGGUCCUCCAAUUAUGAUCACAGAAAAGGCCAGCAAAACCAAGAUCUGCAAAGAGCGGCUGUCGCGGCUUUUGGUCGCAUCUCAGCCCGAGGUAUUGAUAUGA